GGACCCUCCACAAACCCACCAUCAAGGCUGACCCAGGCCCUGUAGUGACCUUAGGAAGCCCCAUGAACAUCUCUUGUCAGGGGACCCUGGAUGCAGAAAUGUGUUUUCUGAAUAAAGAGGGAAGCCAACAAACCUGGGGUACACAUCCUGGGAAAAAGUCCACGUUCUCCAUUCCUUCUGUGACAGAGAACAGUGGGGGGCAAUAUCGCUGUUACUGUUACAGCUCAGCUGGCUGGUCAGAGCGCAGUGACUCCCUGGAACUGGUGGUGACAGGAAUCUAUGACAGUAAACUCAGUCUGUCAGCCCUGCCCAGCCCUGUGGUGACCUCAGGAGGGAACAUGACUCUCCAGUGUGUCUCAUGGGUGUUCUAUCACAAGUUCAUCCUCACCAAGGAAGAUCAGAAGUUCUCCAGCUCCCUGAACUCACAGUAUAUACACAGUAUUAAGCAGUACCAAGCCUUAUUCUCUAUAAACCAUGUAACAGCAGACCACACAGGGACAUCCCGAUGCUAUGGUUACUACAACCAAACCCCACAGCUGUGGUGAGUACAAAGCAGCCUCUCAUGAUCUCCGCUCUCUUUAGGAAAACUUCCUGACAGUCCUUUCCUCUCAGUGAAGCCAAACUCCACAGUGCGGUCUGGAGACAACGUGACCCUGCUGUGUCAGUCAGCAUACACGACAGACACUUUCAUUCUGUCCAAGGAGGGAGCAGCACACCAACCCCAGCGAAUGAAAUCCAAGUCCCAAGAUGGGGAGUUCCAGGCAGAAUUCUCCAUGACUGCUGUGACCUCUGCCCUCUCAGGCACCUACAGGUGCUACAGGUCUCAAGACUCAUCUCCCUACCUGUUGUCACAUGCCAGUGUCGCUGUGGAGCUCUCUGUCUCAGCUG